GAUCAGCCAUUUCUUUGCUCUUAUUUGCGCUGGCUGUUAACUCAUAGUACUGAGUAAUGUUAACUGCCAUGCAACCGUGCGUCCAAAUAGGCUGUUACAGACAAACAACAACUGUAACCUCAUCGCCAACAUACAGUUGUGAAUUUCGCUAUUUAAAUUGAGUUUUGAAUACAGUUUGUUGAAAGGCAUUAGAAGUGUAAAUAAAAUAUUUGAGUACUAUAUGAAGUUUUCAAAGAUGUGUAUUUAGUUCAUAAUCAUAAAUGCAAGCGUUUGUACUUUAAAAUAAUUAAACGUGUCUGCCGCAACUGAUAGCCUUGCUCUACAGACGAAUAGUAGCCAUAAGAUUUGCUUGUUUUGUUUUGAGUUGUGCGCGCACACACAAGCAAACAUAUACAAUCAAGUUUACAUAAAUUAUUACUGACGAGCGAAUAAAUUAUUAUGGACAACAGCGUAAUUUCUGAUAUUGAUGAACUAGGCGACACCACACCAAUACCUGAGCUUACCUUUUUCGAUUUGCUGGAGCCAACCGAAACGUCUAGAGAUCAACACAUGAAUGCUGCUGAAAGCGAUGGUGAUGGCGCUGAAGACGAUGAGAACAAAACAUCUUCGUCAGCUUCAGCAAAUGCAUUGUUAAAUACCCCGGGAUCCAAAAAAGUGCCAAUUGUGCGAAUAUUGGAGAACAAACGUUUAACGGCACCAUCACCCAUGGGCACGCCAUUAAAAAAUAUGUUAGGCGGACAUGUUCGAGUAGUAACGCCCACAAAGAGCACUAAACCGACGGACGUUAAAAUCGUAAAUCAGCUGCAGGCGAAUCCUUUGAAAGCUAUUGCUAACUCAGCUGUUAAAAUUGGCAGCACCACAAUAGCAGCACCAACAGGCUCCGGCUCAAUUUCAGCUCAACCAUCUUCUAUGCAAAAGAAUAUGAGCAGUGUCACAAUGACUCAAUUAAAAACAGCCGGUGGUCAAGUGCUGUUCAUCCAAAAAUCUUUGUCCAGUAUGAGUGGAGCCAUUUCAAAAGUGAGCCAGUCGUCAACAGGCGCCGCCAUACGGCAAGCCAUUAUUUCUAAAGGUGUCACCUUGUCUGGUACUGGUACUGGUCAAAUUAAGAGUAUCGCAUACACUGCGCCAGUGACUGUCAGGGGAUUAACGACCACUGGUACGCCUAAGCCAACACCACAAUCAAGUACCAAUAUAAUUACGUCAACAACUGAUAAUCAGUCACAAGCUUUGGUUAGAAAUCCACCAUCAGUAGAAGUUGCAUCUGAAUCUGUAACGGUUUCCGCGAAGAUGCCCAUACAAGUGCGCACGGCCGAUGGCAAGUUAGUCAAAUUAAAUCAGGGGACUCCCUUGCUGUUAAAUUCCAAGCCUACAACAGUAGCGGUUAAGCCCAGCAUAACUACCUCUUUGGCAAGCACCAACAACAGCAAUAAGCUGAUAACCAAGUCUGCAGCACAAGUUAUCAUAAAGGGGCCGUUGAAAACGCUAACUGCGAGCGCAUCGGAAAGACCCGCCAUCAAUAAUAUAAGCAGUAGCAUCAGCAAUACAACAACCAGUGGCAGCAGCAGUGCAGCAUCGCUACCAACAGCCCCUACAACAAUUCCAACAGGAAAAAUGCUGGUACAAAGCUCAACAGGCAAACAAAUUGUUGUCGCCAGUAAAAAUAUUAUUAAACUAUCGCCGAAGACGGGCGCCAGCGCCUUAACUAAAACCAACGCAAUUGGUACCGCCAGCGGUCUACACACAAUUCAAGUGCAGGGAAAAAGCGGUGUGCAGUAUGUGCGCGUAUUGCCCAACAAUAAUAAUGAAAUCAUAGCUUCAAGUCGUAACAGCAAUACCUCCAUCAGUGUACCUGUGAGCAACACCAGCAAAAUAGUUAUGAAAACAAUGGGUAGCAUUGUCCCCCUCCCAUCCAUGCAAACAUUAGUUCCCAGGAGAGCACCUGGAACGGUAUUCAACGCAGUACAAGCUAAGACCCCCAUCACCAACAGCAGUAGCUUGGAGGUCGCACGCAAGAACCGGCUGUCCGACAUCAAUGUGCAAAUAAAGCAUCUGGCGAUCGAUAACAGCAGCGACGCCGGUGGACCAGAGGCAAAAAAAGCACAUUACCUUAUUGCAAUGCCGCAAACGAAAUCAGCAGCAAUGCCAGCGAAUCCAACAGCCACCAAACAUAUGUUGAUAGAAGCACGGCCAUCACAAAUGCAACGCGUAUCGGUGCAGGGCACCAAUAAGACUGUCAGCAGUAUCAGUAGUAACACCACUCACAAGGUCUACAAUCUGGUCACAAAAAGUGAUGCAAAUGGCGUCAAGUAUAUGAUCUGUAACAAAGGAGGCGAGGGAAAGCCACGUACAGUCUUUAACACUACAAUGAGACGUGGCUAUACGCUUGCUGACACCAAAUUGCGUCGUCCCAUAACGCUGACAGCCCAACAGUUGCGCAUGAGGCAAAUGAAAUUGCAGCAGCAGAGACAGGUGAUUGCACAGGCUAAACUUCGACAGGAACAGCUUCAGAAACGGCAACAGCACUCGUCGCAAACAAAGUCUCCACAGCAGAAACUGCCAAUAUUACAAUCGUCGUCAACGCAGGACAAUAAGUUGUGUGUGCCAGCCAAGCCAUUAUUUGACAUACUUAAGCCCGCACCAAUGCCAACGCCGUCGCCUGCGGCGUCUGCAUCCCUUGAUGUACUGGGCGGAUCCCGACGGAAGCACUGUAACUGCAGCAAAUCUCAAUGCUUAAAACUCUACUGUGACUGUUUUGCCAAUGGUGAAUUUUGUCAGGAUUGCACUUGCAAGGAUUGCUUUAACAAUCUGGAUUAUGAAGUCAAGCGAGAGCGUGCCACCCUGGAGCGUAAUCCCAGCGCAUUUAAGCCAAAAAUUACGGCGCCGAACUCUGGGGACAUGCGCUUACACAAUAAAGGCUGCAAUUGCAAACGAUCGGGAUGUCUAAAAAAUUACUGCGAGUGCUACGAGGCCAAAAUACCCUGUUCCACCAUGUGUAAAUGCGUAGGGUGUCGUAAUAUGGAAGAUCGUCCGGAUGUCGAUAUGGACUCUAUAGAUAAUUUUGCAGACGUAGCGAAUAAAAGAAAAGAACUGAACGGGACAUAUCUGCAGGACAAUCGUUCGAAUGUUUAUCUAACAGACGAUGUAAUAGAAGCGACUAUAAUGUGCAUGAUAUCGCGCAUUGUUAUGCAUGAGAAGCAAAGAAUGUGUAAGGACUCUACGGAGCGGGAGGUGAUGGAAGAGUUGGGCGAAAGCUUAAAUCAGAUUAUUACAUUUGCCAAGGAGAAAAACGAUACACUUCAUAUGGACGAUCCCAAGACAACGGCCUAAAAGAUUUGCUUGAAAGUUAAUUAUAUUCU